AUGUCAAAAUCUGCGCACAAUUGGUCUUCGCUCCCCGGAGCCAUGGACAAAUCCGUCUCGUCAUUGAAACAAGCCCUAGAUAGAGACCCGCAAUGGCAGGCCUUUAUCAAUACCAAGGCAAUUGUUCAGUCAGUGACCAUUGGCGUUCAGUCUGUCGGCGCCGACGAUGCUAUUCUCGUAAAGGUCGACCCUGGAGCCAAAACUACAGUCGACACCGGAUCAUCAAAGGCCGCAGACUUUACACUUCAGGCCAAAGCCGACCAAUGGGAAAAGUUCUUUGAUGCCAAUCCCAAAGCGCCAUACACCAGUUUCGUCGGCCUGCAGGGUAUGAACAUCAAGCAGGAAGGCGUCGGCGUCCACGGCGAUCAGCUCAAGUUUGCGCAGUACGGGCAUCUUGCGACGCGCCUGCUGGACCUGCUUCGCGAAGGCUUGCAUGGCCCUAUCAAGGAAACACACAUGGACCUUCCGGAAGAUGAUCACAUUGUUGGAAAGUAUAUCUACCUCGACUGUCCGGUCUGGGGUCGGACCAAGAUCUUCUACGAGACCUGCGGAUCCGGCCCCCAAGAGAUCGUCUUUUGCCACACCGCCGGCGCCGACUCCCGUCAGUACCAUGGCGUGAUGAAUAAUGCAGACAUGCAGCGUGCUUGCACCAUGGUGGCAUUUGACCUCCCAGCGCACGGCAGAUCUUUUCCCGGCGCCAAUUAUGUACCUGGAAACCAUACCAACAACGAAGAUGCCUACGUUGGGACCAUUGCGGCCGUGGUCAAGGGCCUGCGACUCAACAAACCAAUCAUUUGCGGAGCCUCCAUGGCCGGCCAGGUAUGCGUCGCCGUGGCGAUUCGCAACGACGAGGUUCGUUCCGGCGGGACGAUACCUCUACAGGGCUGCGAUUACUUGACCAUGGAUCGACAGUUCCAAGAUAAAUCGCCACUCGUCAAUCAGUCGCUCUUCAAUCCAGACUGGAUCUAUGGCAUGAUGGCUCCACAAUCGCCGCACGCCAACAAGCAGCUGAUUUGGCACAUGUAUAGCGGACAGGCGUAUGGCAUCUUCCACGGUGACUUGGACUUUUACUUUGGCGGCUUCGACGCUCGAGAUCGUGUGCACAAGAUUGAUGUUCAAAAGUGUCCCAUUUACUUUCUCACGGGCGAGUAUGAUUGGAGCACUACUCCAGACAUGAGCAAGGCGACCGCCGACAAGAUCAAGGGCGCUGGUUUCAAGAAGAUGGACAAUCUCGGGCACUUUCCCGCAACCGAGAACCCGCAGCUUUUCGUGCCCUAUCUGCUCGAGGCCAUUGACUACAUCCAGAGAACACGCAAAGAUCCCGAGCCAAUGGUGGAUGAGGGUAAAUAUCUCGAUGUAGUAUAG